UAAUAAACAAGAGAGAAUUUAACUUUUGCUCUUUGUGAUUUCGAAUGCAUUUACAUGAAAGUGAAUAAGAAAGAAAAUGGUGACAAUCCCUGUUUCAGGACGAACAGCUGCCUAGGAUAAUGGAAAUUGUUGCAAUGUAAUAUUUUAUUUAUGAAAAUAUGUUUUUGUCAUCACCUAAACUAAAAACAUUGUAAACAUGGGUUCAAAAAAUUUAAUAACACGAUUUCAUCCCUGUCAUGGUGAGAACAUUGUCCUGCUUGAGGACAAAACAGUAGCAUACAGAAGAAUGAGCUUUGCAAAUGCAGUAACAUUUAGUGAGAAACCUUUACAGCCUGGUGAAAUAUUUCUUUUGGAAAUCGAAAAGAAUGAAUCAGGCUGGAGUGGGCACAUGAGACUCGGCCUGACACAACUAGACCCCCUUACAAUAUAUCACACAGGUAAAAUUCCUCCUUAUGCCCUACCGGACCUGCCAGAUAUUGGUUCAUCUUGGAUUUAUGGAAUUAGUAAGGCACACAACAGUGUUUUCGACUACAGUGAUGACAAUGGCAGGAGGUGCAUAAAAAAAGGAUCUGAUGUACUAAAAAUGAGUGACUUAAAUAGUACACAUAUGGGUUUGCUUAAACCAAACAAGUCCUCUAAGGUUAUUUUACCAACAGAUGCAGGGAGUCGAAUUGGGGUGAUGUAUGUCCCCACUAGUGAACAUGAAGCAGACAUGCAUUAUAUAAUUAAUGGGGAAGACCAAGGAGCUUGUGUCAAAAGAAUUCCAUUUACAAAUGCUCCCUUAUAUGUAGUUGUUGAUGUUUAUGGUACCACAAAGAAAGUUAGAAUCAUACAGUUGUAUGUUGUUCCUAGUUUACAAGCUGCUUGCCGAGAAGCCAUACUGCAGAACAUAACUAAAAAGGCUGUUUCUUCUUUACCUCUACCAAAACUACUGAAGAAGUAUUUACUCUAUGAAUCCUAACUGUAUUGUCUCCAAGGCACACCACCAUUGGAGCCCCAUCUGUAUAAUUACACUGACUCAUUAAAUUAUGCUGAGUUUGUCAUGACUAUUUAAACAAACUUUUAUUUAACAUAACAACAGAUUUCUUGAAGUGUUCUGCAACAGUGGUUUAACUUACCCUUUAUUUUGUUGUUAAUUAUGUACAUAUAAACUGUGCCAGACAAAUAUUGGCAUUUUUUGACUAUUAUAUGAAUUUAUUCUAUGUGUAGAAUAUUAAAAAAUAAUAAUAUAUAGGUAGAAACACUGUUAAAUUCAAUUAAUUAGUUUUUCUCAUUAUUUAACAAAUUUUGGAUGAUAUGAAAAACAAUUUUAUAAUAGUGUUUCUAUCUUAAAUAAGUCACACUAUGUUCUUUUUUAAUUAGUUUUUAAGUGUUAUGAGUAUGUAAAGGUGAUUGACUGAUGUUUCUACAUGAGACACAAAUUGUAAUUUAAACCACCAUUGCUGCUACUUAUUUAUUUCAAAUUUAAGAAAGUUUCUUCUUAUGAUUAUAUAAAACUUUAAGUGGUGCUAUGUUUAUUUAAAAGUUUGUUUAACAAAACAGGACCUAAAUUGUUGUAAUUUGAAUUGAAAUGAAAUUGUGAAUAUAAGUUAUUACCUGUAUAUGUAUAUUGUAAAUUAACCCCUAAUGAUCCAUUCCAAUACGUGUAUUUUUAAAGCAUGCAAAUUGUUUAUUCCUUCCUCCACUACUUGUAUGGUAUCAUAUCUAAGGAACAAAACAUUUUACAAUUAAUACAUAUAUGUUAAUUAUCAAAUUACGUUGAUAGAGUUGUUCUUUAUUUUCUACACCUUCACUUUGAUAUUAAAUAUUAAUAAUUUUGUAUAUUGAUAUUAUUUAGUACAUAUUUUUACUUACUCUCUAAUAUGAAUAAAAUUUGUUUUUGUAAAA